CCCCCUGACUGACUUCCCUUUUCUGUGGGCUGCUUGAGAGUGUUCAUUGCUAUACAUUUUUUCAUACGCUGCAUGUAGAUAAAACAGUCAAAAAAGAAGAACGCAACAUCAUUCGCAGACUUGAAGAGGGCUUUCUCCAUCUUUAAUUUGCAACAUCAACUGAGGCAAGCAUGGACAUCCUAAUGAAAGAAGGCCACACAGUGAGCGACAACACAAGUCACAGAGCAGACCAAGACGUGGUGGCCGGAAGCAAAAGUCAAGCUCUGAACCAGAGUGACCCACUGGACAUUUUCAUUGGCAUGGAGCUUUUGCUUCGUUUCAAACCUCUCUUCAUGUCUCUCUACUGCCUGGUGGUGGUCAUAGCCAGCGUGGGGAACUUGUUCCUGUUGACUUGCAUCCUGGUGGACAAGAAGCUCCACAACGCCACUAACUUUUUCAUCGGUAACUUGGCCGCUGGAGACCUGCUGAUGUGUUUGAGCUGCGUGCCGAUGACAAUGUCCUAUGCCUUCGGCAGCCAAGGGUGGGCUUUUGGGAGUCCCCUGUGUCACCUGGUGCCCCUGGUGCAAUGCGCCACUGUGUUUGCGUCAGUGCUUUCCCUCACGGCCAUCGCGGUGGACCGAUAUGUUGUCCUCGCUCAUCCGGUGCGUAGGCGGAUUUCUUUGUGGGGUUGCGGUGCAGUGACCCUGGCCAUAUGGCUUUUAUCCGUGGCCUUGGCCGCUCCUCCGUCCUUCUACACACACUACUUGGACCUACGGCCCAGCGGCAUGGACCUGGUGGUCUGCGAAGAGUUCUGGCCGGAAAGCGGCAACCUGCGACUGCUUUACUCCUGCUUCAUCCUCAUCACCUCCUACAUGAUCCCGCUGCUGUCCGUGAGCAUCUCGUACUGCGCCAUCAGCGUCAGCCUCAAGCGCUAUUCUGUGCCCGGGGAGGAGACUAGCAGGAAGCGGCACUGGAAGCAAAAGCGGAAGAAGACCUUCUCUCUGUUGAUGGCAUCAGUGCUGGCAUUUGCUCUGUGUUGGCUCCCUUUGCAGGUGCUGAACCUUUUGUUGGACCUGGACCCAGACUGCGACAUCAUUGGCAAGCGUUACAUCAAUAUCUUACAAGUGUGCUGCCAUUUAGUGGCAAUGAGUUCGGCGUGCUACAACCCCUUCAUCUACGCCUCGCUGCACAGCAAGGUACGCAAACACCUGAGGGGCUACCUGUGCCCUAACAACCAGAGGACGGUGCAAGGGUCCUUGUCCAGAAUCUGAUCUCCAUCUCUAUUAAUUUAUUUUUAUCAUGGAGAAUCUUUUACCAGAAACCAAUUUGGGAUUGUUAAUUUUUUCCACAUGAGGCGUAUUGGAGAUGGUUGAACAAAAACAUGGACAACAAGCAAAAAGGCCAGCAUCAGUACUCUGCGCUUCAUGGGCCUCGUGAUCAAACCUUACAAGCCAUGUGGAGCGGAAAUGCCUGUUUUCACACAGCGAACCAUGUGGAAAACUCACUGCACUUGGAUUACAAUCACGUGCAAAAUACUUGCCAUUCCGGUAUAUUAUUUAUCGCAACAUUUCAAAUCUUUAAAAGGACAGCAUGCAGUUGGCUGCUAACAAGAUUUGAAUGUAGCUUGAUUUCAGUCCCCGCCCCUGCCUCGCCCUUGCUCCUGUUCCUGCCCCCUCGCGUCUCUGUCCAAAGAAAAGCCCCCACCUCACUGGACAACAACAAAAAAAUCCAAGGAGAGACCAGUUCAUCGUGCCCAUGCGGCAUCUUCAGAGUGCACCUCAGUCAGCCCGAGCGCACAACAUUACACGAAAUGUUACCCGCUUGACGUUGUAUUUUUUGGAAUGUACAAUCAAUUAAUCGGAAUCAGAAUCAUCUUUAUUUGCCAAGUAUGUCCAAAAAAAACACAAGGAAUGUGUGUGUUUUUUUUUUAUUAAUAUUUGAUCAAGAUCACAUUCUAUUUGUCCCUGUAAUAGUAAUGCCUUUAGUCCUGCUUGUGAUGCUUUUCUUGCCUUGUAUCCAUGGGCACCAUUUACUGAUGCUGUGACAGUAGUGAGUGGGCUUGGACUGCUAUUUGAGGAGAAAGGCAUGCAGUUGAUGUCUUGCUGCAUCAGAAUCAGAAUCAGAAUCAUCUUUAUUUGCCAAGUAUGUCCAAAACACACAAGGAAUUUGUCUCCGGUAGUUGGAGCCGCUCUAGUACGACAACAGACAGUCAAUUGACAGAGAACACUUUUGAGACAUAAAGACAUUGAGAAAUAAAAACAGUCACUGAGCAGUAAAGGGUUGCUAGUUAUCUGGUAAUGCCGGUACAUUAUUAUUAUUAUUUUUUUAUAAUUGUGCAAAAAGAUGCAGAGUCCUCUAGCACUUAAAGCAGUUCGAAUGACUAAUAUUGCAAUAGUCCGGUGCAAUGACCAUUGUGCAAAGGGCGCCGAGACUUCAAGGAGUGUAUGCGGUUUAAAGUGACGAGUAGUGCGAUCAUCUGGGACAAUGUUGGUUGUGCAAAUGUUGCAGAUACUCCUCAAUCAGUGUGCAAAUGGAGCAGAUGCUACUCUGGCAUGAGUGGCCAGUAUUGGUCAACAACAGAUAUGCAAAUAGUGCAGCGUGGCGAGACAACUACAGUGAGUGCACGGGUAAUGUUUAAUUGGCCCCACAGAAAUGUGACAACGAACUCAAGUAAUGGAAUGGUUGUAAUGGAAUUGUAGGUUAGGUGUUUAAGAAGUUGAUCGCAAGAGGGAAGAAGCUGUUGGAAUGUCUGCUAGUUCUAGUUUGCAUUGAUCGGUAUCGCCUACCGGAGGGAAGGAGCUGGAAUAGCUGGUGACCAGGAUGUGGAGGGUCCAAGAGGAUUUUGCACGCUCUUGUCUUAAUUCUGGCAGCGUGCAAGUCCUCAAGGGUGGGUAGGGGGGUACUGACAAUCCUUUCAGCAGUUUUGAUUGUCCGUUGCAGUCGGAGUUUGUCCUUUUUUGUAGCAGCACCAAACCAGACUGUGAUGGAAGAACACAGGACUGAUUC